GAGGCCCCGCAGACGCCAUUUCCUCGGCGCCCCCGCGGCGGCGCGGCUGCAUCAGCGCUGACGUGAGGCCGACGCGCGGCUCCGCCCGGUCCCCGGUCCCCCCCACCCCCUGUGACGGGGGCAGCACGUACAGGGCGGCGGACAGAUGACCAUGGAAAUGGUUGAACAGGAUGACAAUGCAGUGGAUUCUAUGACAGAGAGAAAUGCUGGUCACCUUCAGAAUCAGCCAGGCCGAAGUCAGAUUUCCUCAGGAUCUGAGGUUUCUGUAGCUGCUUCAAGUGCUGGAAGAGGAUCUCCAGCUGUAACUCUAGUGCAGUUGCCUUCUGGUCAAACUGUUCAUGUCCAGGGUGUCAUUCAAGCCACACAGCCCUCAGUCAUUCAGUCACCACACAUGCAAGCUGUUCAGGUAGCAUCGAUUGCAGAUGAAGCUGCAGUAUCAGAAGUGAUAAUUGAUUCCCAAAAACGUAGGGAAAUACUUUCAAGAAGGCCUUCAUACCGAAAAAUUUUGAAUGAACUCUCAUCAGAUGCUCCUGCAGUAGCGAAGAUUGAAGAAGAGGAGAAGUCAGAAGAUGAAGGAACGCCUUCUGGUAUUUCUGCCACGGCCAUGCCGACCAGCCUCUAUCAUACUAACACAGGGCAAUACCUUACUAUAUCUCAAGGUGGUACAAUCCAGACAGUGACAAAUUCAGGAGCUCCUCAGCCAGGUGCAACCAUUGUGCAAUAUGCAGGACAGUCAUCUGAUGGCACACAACAGUUUUUUGUUCCUGGAAGCCAAGUUGUUGUCCAAGCUGCCACUGGAGACAUGCCAGCUUACCAGAUUCGAACUCCCACUACUACCCUACCUCAGGGAGUGGUCAUGGCAGCCUCACCUGGGACUUUGCAUAGUCCUCAGCAAAUGGCAGAAGAGGCAACACGCAAGAGAGAGCUGAGACUUUUGAAAAAUAGGGAAGCUGCCAGAGAAUGUCGCAGAAAGAAGAAAGAAUAUGUCAAAUGUCUUGAAAAUCGUGUGGCUGUGCUUGAAAACCAAAACAAGACUCUCAUUGAGGAACUCAAGGCCCUCAAAGAUCUUUAUUGUCAUAAAGCAGAAUAACUGUCUUUCAUUUGGACCUCGUUUAUUAUGAACUUUAAUCAAGGCAUGAGAGGAAGCAAUUCUACAGAUUGCCAUAUGAACUUGAGAAAGAGACACUUGAGGCCCUUGUGGAACCCAGUUUUGCUUAGUGUUUUCAGACUGAUUUGGGAGAUGUUCCAAAAUUUGGAAUUCUGUCAUAGUCUCCAUACUCUGCUGAGCUUUCUAAUGGCAUGCAAAUGGCUUUUUUGUUUGCACUUUUUACUUCUGCUUUUUGCAGGGAAGCUGCUAAAGAAUGUCGACGUCGGAAGAAAGAAUACAUAAAAUGUCUGGAGAGUCGUGUUGCAGUGCUAGAAGUUCAGAACAAGAAACUUAUACAGGAGCUUGAAACCCUAAAAGACAUUUGCUCUUCCAAAACAGAUUAGUAAAAAUAUUUAUUAUACUGUGAACUAAGAUAUGUCCAGUUGCUUUAUAAGACAAUACAUAGCCAAUGUGAAUUAUGGCUUUCUCUUUGUGUCAUUUAUAUUAUAUUCCAACUCCUAACAUUCCUGAAUGCUUUCCUGCUUUUUGUCAGUUCAUAGCUCUAAUUUCAGGUUUUUCAUGCUCCUCCCUUCCGUCUCCCAAGGAGCCAAAUGUUAAAAAAUAUAACAGAGUAAAAAAUCACAUAAUUUCUAAGAGCUGUUUCUUUGCCAUAUAUUUACAUACUACUUUUUACAUGUUACUGAGUGUCCUGCGCAUAGAAAAUAUUUUACAAUUGUUUUAGAUGAAUCAUAAAGAUGAUGCAUCCAGUAAUAUGAGAAAAUCAAACCACCCAAGGUAUCUCAGGAAAGAGUUUAUAAAAGAAUGUUAUGAUUAUAUGUAUGUAUACUAGCAUACUAGUCUACAGAUGAUUUUAUGGCAUAUUUUUAUAUUAGUUGCUUUGUGGAAAAAAAGUAUUGUAUUGCUGUCACUGAGUGCCAUGGUUAAAGAUAGUUUUUAAUAGAACCAUGUUGUUUAACCUGUGUAGUGUCUGAUUUCCUUUAAACACCUGGUUGAGCUGCUUUAAAAUCCAUGAGUAUCUGGAAGAGGACAAAGGAAAAAACCACACCUAAGCCCAUGACAUGAUGCUAAGCAUAUUGUAAAUACUUGUAAGAAGCUCUCUGUUAUAUGGCUGCUAUCUAAAUUCUCUGUAGUCUGCAGAACAUUUGAUUUAUUACAGGUCUGUAUAUCAAAAUUUAAAUUUGCAUCCUGAAUACUUCACAUUCUUGAUUCUGUAUACCUGUGGACAGUUGCCUGUAGCAAAGACUGAUGGUGCAGUUUUUUCAGUUUCAACAAACUAGUGAGUGAUGAUAAAGGUGUCCUAAAGAAGGAAGCUUUCCAAUAAACAGUAACUAUUUGCUGAUUCACUGGGUUCUUAAAUAGCCCGUAGGUGAAAGCUGAGGAUCUUUAAAAUGAACCCAUGUUUAAAGUAGAUUACAGCUCUUGUAAAUGCAGAAUGUGCCACUUUCCAUUGUGCUUUGAAAGAAAAUAGUGCUUAUGCAAAGUUGCUUCUGGGUAUUUCUUUAAUUCAGAAGUGAUCUAAUUGUUUGUUGGCCAGUACAGUCUGUGAGCAGAGUAUUUGGGAGCUUUGCUGGAACUAAUAGCACCAUUGCCUUACUGAUGUGGUAGGAAGAAAGGCUUGGUUCCUACUUAAUUGGCUUUGCUGAGGGGAGUGUGUGUGUGUGGAGGGGAGGAGGGAUGGAAUCAUAGUGAAGUCAUUGAGACUUCUUAAUUUAAUUUACACUGAAUUUGCAUUUAACCCACUUCACUCUGACCCUGUUGGGGUGGGUUGGUUUGUGUAUAUCUUUUUUCUUUCUUUUUUCCCAAAUUACUUGAAAUACACAGGAUAACUUUCUUGAAUCUUUUGAAAGUCCUAUUAGGUAUGUAAGUUAGACAGUUUGUAAGAAGAAGUCUUCUCUCUCACUUCCUGCAGCCACAUGAGUUGAUUUAAGGAGGAAGCAAGCUGCCUUUUGGCCCCUAGGGCUCUGUUGCAGGUCUGGAACAAAAGUAAAGUAAUGAAAUAUCUGCUUCACUGGAACAAUUCCAGGUAUGGGAUAUCCACAGCUUUGGUGGGCAACGUGUUCAAUGCCUCACCACCCUCUGAGUAAAGAAUUUGUUCCUGACAUCUACUGUGAAUCACUCCUCUUCUGGUUUAAAUAUCGUCCACCCUUGUCCUAUCGUCUGCCUGUGUAAAUAAUUGCUUUCUUUCUCUUACAUACGCCCUCUUUAAGUACUUAAAGGCCCCAGUGAGGUCUUCCUGGAGUCUUCUUUUCUCCAGGAUGAAGAAACCCCCUAUUUUCAUAGAAGAGAUGCUCCAGCCCUGUGAUUAUGUUCAUGGCUCCCCUCCAGACCUGCUUUAACAGGUCCAUGUCUUUCUAGUGCUGAGGACCCCAGAGCUGGAUGCAGCACUCCAGGUAGGAUCUCACAAGGACAGAGUAGAGGGGCAGAAUCCCCUCCCUCCUUGCUGGCCAUGCUGCUUUUGAUGCAGCCUAGGAUGGGAUUGGCCUUCUGUGCAGCCAUUGCACAGCACGUUGUUGGGUCAUGACCAGGUUUUCAUCCAUGUCCUUCUCUGCAGCACCUCACACUUGGACUUGUUGGAUGUCAUGAGGUUCUCAUGGGCCCACUCCUCAAGCUUGUCCAGGCUCCCCUGGAUGAAAACCUGUCCUUGUGUUGUGUCAGCUGCACUGCUCAGCUUUGUGUCAUCUGCAAAUAUGCUGAGGGAGCACUUGAUCUCACUGUCCGUGUCACUGCUAAAGAUACUAAAGAGCACUGGGGCCAAGGCAGAGUCCUGGGGGACACCACUCGUCACAGGCCUUGACCUGGGCAUGGAGCCACUGACCACAACUGUCUGGCUGCGUCCAUCCAGCCAAUUCCUUAUGCACAGAGUAGUCCACCCUAUUUUUAAAACAUUUGAUUAAUGUUUAUUUUUUAUUUAAAUGAUUACUUGUUGGGAGGGGGUGCUUUGUUAAUAGUGGGAGCUAAACUCAAAUGCUCUUGGUGUGUGGUCAUUCUGGAAAAUUCCAUUUGCUCUGUUUAUCUGCACCAGGGAGAGAUAUCAUACUUCAGAAAAGCAACUGCGGAAAAGCUGGCUCAUUUAGGCUAAAACUGAGAAAAAAAGAAAAGUUUUUAUGAUGUAUUAUUCUUUCAUUCUCUCAUUCUUUCAUAUCUCAUUUCAAUUCAGAAUUAACAACACACAUUUCUGUGUUUUAAAGUAAGGAUGAGCAAAUUUGUUGGUGACUAAGAACAUUUAAGAUCUACAGUUGGUAAAUUAGAACCAAGAUGUAUAUUUUGAUGAAGGAAAUAACUUAUUUUAAAAUGGGCAAAGGCAGGAGUGCACUAAUGCCACGAAUCUGCUGUAAGAUGACUAUUUAAAGCAAUAAACCCUGAAAAGUUCUGAACUGGAUUGAGAGAUGUGCACUGAAAACUUUGAGAUACUUACUUGAGAUUAAAUAAAGAUUUGAAGGAAAAGUCUGUGUACUACUGGGGUUUGUCAGAGAAAUAAUACCAAAAAACUAAGGUUCCAAAAUAUUUCAGUUAGAUGGCAAUGCUGGAGACUGAGUCUCUGUUCAAGAGGCAUGUCAGAGGUUUAAAGCAACAGAUAGGAUAUAUGCUAGCAUUUACAAAUUAGUUUAGAUUUAGGAAAAUAAAUAAUAUAAAGUUUACCUUGAGUAUAUUUUUUUCUCUUUAAAGUGUCAGUUUAGCCCUCUCAUGUUUUAGAUCAGUUGUGGGACUCAAUUUGUUCUACAUCAGUGUCCUGAAUGUUCCUGAAUGUGUGUCAGUGCUGGAAUCCAGAGUAGGUGCAUGUGUGCUAUGAACAGGAAGAGAAUUCUUCUUUUGAUUUAUAGUUCAUCCAUCUUGCAUUUAUGCAUAAAGUCCUGUGCUUGCUAGUGCUCCUUUCAAAGGGCAGAAUAAGUGGAAAUGGUUGGAACUAAUUCAUUGUUACUUCUUACUCUUCAUGGAAGAAAUCUGAAAAUUGAAGCUUGACUGGGAUCUGAAUUCAAUUGAACUACGCUUUUGGGUUCAGUAUUCUUUCCAAAGAAUUACCUGACCACAAGAUCAAAACCUGCCUUCUGUUUUGUAGUGUGUGUGUUGUUAGUUUUAAUGCCUUUUACACAAUUUGAUACUUUUUUACAUUGUUAGCAACCUCUGGGAAAAACAGUAACUGAAGAGGUGUUCUCUCUUCAUUCUCCUCUUUGAUGGUUGUGUCACUCUGUCACUUGACAAGAUUGGAAAGUACCUAUUUCUCUAAGAAAAAUCUAGCUCUGAACCUUGGAUAACAACUUAAUUUUCAGAGGAACCUGAUUCCAGUUCAGAUUUCUGAAACAGGAUGCUUGAUGUGGUGCAGGCAAAAGACCUUUUCAACACAUUAUUAUUCUUAAUAAAGAAACAUUAAAUGAAUCCAAGUUAGUUUAUUGCAAGAGAAUUUGAGCAGUGCCUGAGCUUGGAUUUGUCAGAAUCAGGAAUUUGUUGUCUUCAUUUUCAAAAAAAAAAGGCCAAAAUAACUUUUUUCUUUCUGUAAGAAAACUGAAUUCCUAUGGUACAAAACUCUUCUCUCUUGCUGAACCUCACAACUGUUUGCAAAUUUCUUUAUGACUGCUUGCUAGAGGAUUGUCCUUUGAGGAAGUUGUACUCAAGACUGCAUAGAUUUUUAAUUUUUUUUUAAUUUCAAAUAGAUUUUCAUGUAACUCAGUGAAAAUGGUCUCUUGAAAAAUGUGUUCUAUCUUCUAGAGUUGUGGGUGAUGAGAAAUGUCAUAGCUUCCUCUUAAGGUACAGCUUUGAGUCAUAGCUGUUUCUUAAGCAGACUUGCAAAGAAAAAUCUCUAGGUUAUCCAGACAUCUCUCUCUUAACUCCGUUAAACAGCCUCAGCUAUUGUGACCUGGGAAAAAAGGGAUUAAAAUGAGCAUAUUGUGUGAAUAGGUGUGGAUUUAGUUUCUUUGGGGGAUUUUUUGUUAUUGUUAUUUCCCUUAGAUUUUGCUGUUUGCAAGAAUAAUUAUUGUAUCAAUGCAGCCAAAAAAUAAAUCCAGUCCUAAGGAUUGCAA